GUCCAGGGCAGUCUCAUGCAUCAAAUGCAGAUGGGGCGAAUAAUGCUGGGCUGGGCUGGGUUGUGCUGGAGAUAUCUACGCCGACGUCGAGCCUACACCUGCAUUUGCAUUUGAAUGCUGAGAAUCAUGUCUUGCGAGCCUUCUUCCUCUCUAUCUUCAUCUGACUCUGUCUGUUCUUUUUUACUGAAUUAAGACAGUCACACAGCGCUGCACGAAAGAUCACGGCGACAUUCACGCCAACACCCAUAAAUCGACAGCAACGGCACUCACCCCGUGUCGCAAUCUCUCCCCCCCAACAUCCCGCGCCUGAGACACACGGCAGCAUGUCUUUCGCACUGCUGAAGAACCUAGUCUUCCGCCAGCCCAAACAGCAGGUAUAUAACAAGAUCGAAGCAUUCGAGGGGCAAUCAUGGGCUUCGUCUCCUACCCUGUCGAGCGAGAAUAGCGAUGUCGAAUCUCAGCAAUUGAGAGAUGAGAUCUCGGAGAAGCUACCUCCUCCUUCGCAGAAGGUAGAGCCGUCGAGAUUCAAGGUCGAUGCUAGGGUGAUUUCAGAUGCUAUUAUCGGAUUAUCAGAUGGCCUCACAGUCCCGUUCGCCUUGACAGCGGGUCUUUCUGCCAUUGGCAGCACAAAAGUCGUGGUGUACGGAGGCAUGGCAGAAUUGAUCGCAGGCGCAAUCUCGAUGGGGCUGGGAGGAUAUCUUGGAGCAAAGAGCGAGAGGGACUCAUACAACGCAACUCUCCACGAAACAGAAGACCUGGUAAACGGCAACCCCGCCGCCAUCGAAGAAACAAUCACCUCCCUCUUCGAAUCCUACGACGUCCCCGAACCCACAAUCCGAGCCCUCACUUCCCACCUAGCAACUUCACCGCACCUCACCAGCUUCAUGAUGCGUUUCGAACACACUCUCCCCGAACCAGUUGGCUCUAGAGCCAUUACAUGCGCCCUGACCAUCGCAAUGGGAUAUUUCAUGGGCGGCUUCCUACCACUUCUGCCAUAUUUCUUCGUCGAUGGAGUAAGGAGGGGAUUGGCGUGGAGCGUGGGCAUUAUGAUUAUAGCGUUGUUCUCGUUUGGAUAUACGAAGACGUGUUUUGUGUCUGGGUGGAAAGGGUGGAGGAAGUCAUUGCUGGGAGUGAGGGGUGGGGUGGAGAUGGUGGUUGUGGGGAGCUUGGCUGCUGGAGCAGCGAUGGGGUUGGUUAUUGCUUUUAAUAACCAUGCUGGGGCUUUAGGGUAGGCGUUGGUAAUGAGAAAUGAAUAAGUUC